CGGGCGCUGCUAGCGGAGGCGCCAUAUUGGAAGGGACAAAACUCCGGCGACAGCGAGUGACACAAAUAAACCCUUGGACCCCCUCGCUCCCGCAGCUCUAAGGGCCGCGAUGUUGUACCUAGAGGACUAUCUGGAAAUGAUUGAGCAGCUUCCAAUGGACCUGCGGGACCGCUUCACCGAGAUGCGCGAGAUGGACCUGCAGGUGCAGAAUGCAAUGGAUCAACUAGAACAAAGAGUCAGUGAAUUCUUCAUGAACGCAAAGAAAAAUAAACCGGAGUGGAGAGAAGAGCAAAUGGCAUCCAUUAAAAAGGAUUACUAUAAAGCUUUGGAGGAUGCAGACGAGAAGGUACAGUUGGCAAACCAGAUAUAUGACUUGGUAGAUCGACACUUGAGAAAGCUGGAUCAGGAACUGGCUAAGUUUAAAAUGGAGCUGGAAGCUGAUAAUGCUGGAAUUACAGAAAUAUUAGAGAGGCGAUCUCUGGAAUUAGAUACUCCUUCACAGCCAGUGAACAAUCACCAUGCUCACUCACAUACUCCAGUGGAAAAAAGGAAAUACAAUCCAACUUCUCACCAUACGACAACAGAUCAUAUACCUGAAAAGAAGUUUAAAUCUGAAGCUCUUUUAUCUACCCUAACAUCAGAUGCCUCUAAGGAAAAUACACUAGGUUGUCGAAAUAAUAAUUCUACAGCCUCUUCUAACAAUGCUUACAAUGUGAAUUCCUCCCAGCCUCUGGCAUCCUAUAAUAUUGGCUCCUUGUCUUCAGGAACUGGUGCAGGGGCAAUUACCAUGGCAGCAGCUCAAGCAGUUCAAGCUACAGCUCAGAUGAAAGAGGGACGAAGAACAUCAAGUUUAAAAGCCAGUUAUGAAGCAUUUAAGAAUAAUGACUUUCAGCUGGGAAAAGAGUUUUCCAUGCCCAGGGAAGCAGCUGGCUAUUCAUCAUCUUCAGCGCUCAUGACUACAUUGACACAGAACGCCAGCUCAUCAGCAGCAGAUUCACGGAGUGGGAGAAAGAGCAAAAACAACAACAAGUCUUCAAGCCAGCAGUCAUCAUCUUCCUCCUCCUCUUCUUCCUUAUCAUCAUGUUCUUCGUCAUCAACUGUUGUACAAGAAAUCUCUCAACAAACAACAGUUGUACCAGAAUCUGAUUCGAACAGUCAGGUUGAUUGGACUUAUGACCCAAAUGAACCACGAUACUGCAUUUGUAAUCAGGUAUCCUAUGGUGAGAUGGUGGGCUGCGAUAACCAGGAUUGCCCCAUAGAAUGGUUCCAUUAUGGAUGUGUUGGAUUGACAGAAGCACCAAAAGGAAAAUGGUACUGUCCACAGUGCACUGCUGCCAUGAAAAGAAGAGGCAGUCGGCACAAAUAAGGGUGGUCGUUUCAUUUGAGAAAGAAAAAAACUCCAACAUUUUAUAUAGGACUUUAAAAAAAAGAAAAAAAGAGAGAGAAGAGACAAUGCAUUUCCAGGCAACCACUUAAAGGAUUUACACAGACAAUCCUAUAAGAUCUUGAACUUGAAUUUUAUGGGUUGUAUUUUAAUAAUGUAAGUAAAUUAUUUAUGCACUCCUGGUGUGCUCUGAAUAUUAUUCCAGUCAGCCUUGGAUUAUUUCAGUGGCCAACAUAUGCAGACGUUUGUACUCCUCAACCAUUUUCUCCAAGUAAUGGGCAUUCUAUAAUUUAGACUUCAAAGAAUUCCAACGAUGAAGAUUUUAAGAAAAGUAUUUUAUAUUCAACAGGUAUGUUCUGCUGCAUGUACUGUACUCCAGAGCUGUUACGUAACACUGUAUAUAUACAUGGUUGCAAAACAAAAAAAAGUCAGUGCUUCUAAAAAGAAUUUAAGAUAAUGGUUUUUUAAAUGCCUUUAUAAUAAGCUUUGUUUCUUUGUGAAACUAAAUUCAGCGGGCUGAAGGAAAUGGUUCAUGUGAUAAAGUGGGCUGGUGUCCUCUAGAGUACCUGGGUACAUAAACAGAAAUUCCUGUAGGUAAAAACUAAUCUGUGCCAUUAGUCUUUAUAUGUUUCUGCAUCCAGAUAGAGUGCAGUUCAUGAGGGUGGGAGGGGGAGGGGCUGAGGGGAAAGGGUGUUAUAAGUGAUACAUUUUUAUACCAAAUGUGUUUAUUUUUUUGUGCAAGUAGUCCUUAAAAUUGGAAUUGUAUUAGGUGUUAAAAUAAAGUUUUUAAAAAAUUACUUGUAUUUAUACUUCACACUUAAUAAUGAAAAUUUCUUAAUUCCAACUAACUUCCGAUUUUCAUAAUCUAAAAAGGACAGAGACCCAGGACACAGAAUGCUGCGUAAUCUGUUAUUUCUUUAAUAAUGCUUGGAAUUUGUGAUAUGAAAAUAAGGGAAAGACAUUUUUAAUGCAAAUUUGAAAUGCAAAUGUAUUUUUCUAGAACAUCUCCCUGACUUUUCCUUCAGUCUGAGGGACAUGAGAGAAGUCUAACUACAGCAGAUAAAAUGAAAAUAAUGAUUGUAGUUGUUUUGACUUGUGGCAGUGUGGCCAACUUAAGAGAACCCUUGGAUCGGAGCUUAAAAUUCAGUUCUCUUUUUGAUUCUACCACAUGUUGGUAUGACAGUUAAUUCACAUCUUUAAUCACUCUGGGCCUUAUUAAACCAGGGUGAUGCUGGCUUCAGGAUGUCUAUAAAGCACUCCUAAGGUUUUAUUCUAUAGGUGCUAUUUAAAUUAUAAAUUUUGCGUAGUGGAAGUUUUAUUUAAGGUAUAAUAUCGAGUCUGGUCGAUAGAAAAAUCCUUAAAACUUUAGAAAUACUUAUUAUGUCGUAUUUCUUUUAUAUUGAAACUUACUGGGCCCAUCAGAUUUCUGCUUUAAUCAAAACCACUUAUGAGCCUCUUAGAACUUAUACAGAAAACUAUGAAAUCUAUGCAAUGCUACCCAAAGGGUAUGGAUUAGAUAGAGGAUUGCAAAGGUCUCUUCCAGCUUCAAGAUUCCAUAAUCCUGAGCUGCUGCAGUCUGAUUUUAUAACUGGACAGCCCAUAAAAUUAAGUUAGGUUCAUUUGUGGGUACUCAUGAUUUCAUGAUACUCAGUAUUUUCAUGGAGAUUUUAUAAACCUUUAAAAAAUAAUAUAUAAUAUAGUAUUCAGUUAGCUUAUUAGCAUGUUGCCUGGAGAUGCUCAGUGGUAUUGUUUAAUCUAUAUAUAAUGACUUUUCCAAACUCAUUUGUUUUAUAGGAAUUGGUCAAAGGGAAAAAGCCUUAUGUACAGCCUUAUUUUAAGAGAAAGUUCCUUGUCAGAGGCAGGAACGUCCCUAUUUCCAGCUGCUAUAGCCCCUUUCAAUGUGUGAAUUCCACUACUUAACUAAAUCACUCAGAAAAACAUUUUGACAAAUUUUAAGCUCAGACAUUGAAUAUUUUAUGAAGUGUGUAUAAAGAAGUAAACCAAAAUUGUGUGCAGUUAUUUAGUAAUGGGUAGAACCUGUUAAUAUCUGAGAUCUAUACAAUGGGCCAAACAUGGAACUACCUCAUCGAAAAAAAAAAAAAAUGUGGCCAACUAUUAAUAUUCUUUGUGGCAUUUACAUCAAGGAGUAUAUGAGCAUUUUUGGUCUUAUAAUAUACACAUUCAAAAAUCUUUGUUGUACAAAACUCGUGUAACAGUUGGUGGCACAAAAAAUCCAAAUGUGGGUUCACAGUUUAUAGGUGGUGAAAAUUGAGGCCUUACUGCUGUGGAGUGUAUAUUACAAUGUUCAUGGUGACACAUUUGAAGCAAUAAAUGGCUUAAUUAAAUGCCUAAAUGAAGCUGAGUGUUUGAUAAACAUACAGUCAUUCUUUUUAAGGGCAGUUCAUUUUUUGGCUCUUUUCUCCUUUAAAGAAAUUCCACAUAUUUUAGAUUUUUAACCAUCUUUGUUUUGUGCAAUGUUAGUGCUCUUCGUCC